UUCUCUGUAUGUGUGGGGUUUUUUUUGCACUGGAGCUGGAGAUAUUGGCUAAAUAGCUGCUGUCUGUACUGCAUCGCUUUUUAUUCUGUGUGUGUGUUGUGUGUGUGUGUGUGUGUGUGUGUGUGUGUGUGUAUGUAUGUGUCUCCGAUUGGACUAAAAACACGAGGAAUGUGGAAAUUACAGAAUGCCCAAUAUCGCUGGAAAGAGAUUUAAACCCACGAAGUACAUCCCUGUGUGCACCGCGGCCACUCUUCUCGUGGGCUCCACCACUUUAUUCUUCGUUUUCACGUGCCCCUGGCUCACAAAGGCAAUCUCCCCAGCCAUACUCCUGUACAAUGGGAUCGUGUUUCUGUUUGUAUUGGCCAAUUUCAGCAUGGCAACAUUCAUGGAUCCAGGAGUGUUCCCCAGAGCCGAUGAAGACGAGGACAAGGAUGAUGACUUCCGGGCUCCACUCUACAAGAACGUGGAUAUCAAAGGGAUCCAGGUUCGGAUGAAGUGGUGCGCCACCUGCCACUUCUACCGGCCGCCACGAUGCUCCCACUGCAGCGUCUGUGACAACUGUGUGGAGGACUUUGACCACCACUGCCCCUGGGUGAACAACUGCAUCGGCCGCAGGAAUUAUCGCUAUUUCUUCCUGUUCCUGCUGUCGCUCAGCACGCACAUGCUGGGAGUGUUCGCCUUCGGACUCAUCUACAUCCUGAACCACCUGGAGAGACUGGGAGCGCUGCACACCACUGUCACUCUGGCUGUGAUGUGUGUGGCCGGCUUGUUCCUCAUUCCGGUUGUGGGGCUCACAGGAUUCCACAUGGUCCUGGUGGCCAGGGGUCGAACCACCAAUGAGCAGGUGACGGGAAAGUUCCGCGGCGGGGUCAAUCCCUUCACGCGUGGCUGCUGGGGGAAUGUGCAGUAUGUGCUCUGCAGUCCUCUCGCUCCAAGGUACAUAAUUGAGCCCAAGCAGAACGAGACUGUUCUUAUUCAACCUCCCUUCCUCCGUCCUGACCUGUCAGACAGGCAAAUCACAGUCAAGGUUAGCGGCAAUGGGAUCCACGCCAACAUGCACAGAACCAAGUCUAAAGGCAGUCUGGAUGCACUGGAGGACACGAUGCUGGACAGCCAGCCCCCACUGCCCCCGAAAGGAGAUGCAAACAAGUACAGCGAGCUGAAGAGCCAGCUGACCUCCAGCGAAGAGAGCAGCCUGUCUACGAAGCCUCUGAACCCAUCUACACCAGCCAUGUACAAAUACCGGCCCGGCUUCAAUGCAAACCUCAAGGUCCACUACCACCCCACUGAGGACAAGAUUGUCAUGCAGGAGGGACACGCUUCUGCUGCUGCUGCUAUUAUGGAAGAGAACGGGCGAGGUCAUGACUAUAGAUCGGAGCCAAACCUGGACGUCCCGGAAUACAAGAAUGCCUCCAUCCACAGGGACUUCAAGUCCUCCCCCCUGCAGCUGGACUCCUCCUCCAUCAACUCCCGCUCGCUCAGCCUGAAGCACACGCCCCGGCGGGGCAGGGACAAGACCACCCUGCAGUCCAUGAAAUCGGAGGGGACCUCCACCCCCUACAGGAGCGGCUUCGCUCCCAACUCUCUGUCCAACAGGAACGGCAGCCUCUCCUACGACAGCCUGCUGAACCCCAGCGUGUCCCCCUCAGCCGGGGAGUGCCUGGCCCACCCUGGGGGCCCCGCGGUAGGGUACCACUCUCCCUACGUUUCUGCCAAAGUGAGCCACAUGCGGGGGACUGAACUGCAGGGGCAGCUCCCACCCACUUACAGCCCUGUCCUGAACAGCAUCAGCAGACACUCUCCGCACCCCCGGGACCCCUCACCAGUGCGCUACGACAACCUCUCCAAAACCAUCAUGGCAUCCAUCCAAGAGCGCAAAGAGCUGGAGGAGAGGGAGAAGCUGCUGCACCUACACGGGCACGCUGGCAUCACGGACUCCGGCGCCUAUGAGCCGCCUGGCUCCUACAGCUUCCAGCUGGGGCCAGUCUUCCCGGAUGAGCCCCGAGUCCCGUGCACUGGGGCUUACGGCUCUCGGGACAACCUGCUGGGCGGCUCUUCGGUGUUCAGCUCCCGGAACCCCCUCAUGCGCUCCUCUGCCACCUCCCUGAGCAGUGCCGCACUCUCCAGGGUCACCAGGACUUCCACCACCUCCCUGUACGCCGACCUGGCAAACAACAACGUACAGGGCAGGGUCAGUGAAGCGCCCUACCGUUCCCCGGGCCACCAGGUGCAGCCCUCGCCCACGGCACUGCGCAGAUCCCCCUCCUACAGCAUGCAUAAGCCACUCUCCUUUAUCAACGCCUUGGAAGCAACAGACUCUCCGCCUCUAGGAGGGCCAAGGGAGGAUGUCCAGUUGAGAUCGUCCCACAGUAAAAUAAAUGGCCAGCCGACGGGCCUGUCCAGGGCUGACUGUCGCCUGGGUUCCACCUCGAGUUCCCAGGGUAUCCCGGCCAGCCCCGGCCGGCACACGAAUGUUAAAAAGGUGUCGGGAGUGGGCGGGACCACCUACGAGAUCUCGGUGUGAGGCGCCGCGGUGCCAUGCUGUGAAGAGAAGCGCUGCAGCUCUACAGCUCGGAGGGCGGGGGGGGGAUCUCUCCGCAGCCUUACUCCCUUGGGAAUAACCAUACAGCCAAUCGGACGAUUCCUCUUUGACCUCACAGCUGUCCCAGUGACCCUGACUGCGUAUUGUUGAGAGUAUGGUUUUUAUUACAAAGAAGGCAGUGUGUGUGUGUGUGUGUGUGUGUGUGUGUGUGUAUAUAUA